GAAACAUAGCUUGGUAGAUUCGAAACGACCCGAACACAACCGAAGCGAGCUCCUCGGGGCCACUUAAGGUCUUUGGCAGCAGUAGUUGCUCGACUGUUCCUCUGGUUUUGCAGAAUCGCCUCAAUCGAGAAGACGCUUUGAAUCGCUCGUACCUACAACUGCAACGCCAUUCGAAUCGUUCGAAGCAAAAAUGCCACGACCGUCAUUGGAACGUACUUUGAAGUACAUACCUGUUGUACCUCGAGCGCACUCAAAGCUUGGAAGAGAGGCAAGAAGAGGUUCACAUGAUCUCCGCAAGCUUGUAGGACAUGCCAACUUUUUGGACACUCUGAUGGACCAGCUUGAUCUUGAUUCUGUCGAAGAGCAGCCUCAAGCUGAAUACCAGGCUGAAGAUGUUGCUGAAGCCGCAAAAGAAUCCACUGUGCGGUGGACCAAUGUCGACUUUGGCAAUGAGAGCGAAUGGGAGACGGAGCACUCCAGCUCCUCCGAAGUCUCCGACGAUGAGGAAUUAGUGACUCCAGAAUAUGACAACGAGAGUGACGAAGAGCAUGCCCUGGGUCAGACUGCAUCCCAUACUCGAGGAGCUACUGGCGCAACUGUUGUGCACACAGUACCAAUCACCACUUCAAGCACCGAACACUCCACUUCCGUAUCGAUAGCUACACGAGAGCUGGAUGAAGACGACAUGCUGCAGGAGGCUCGAGAAGCGGAGAAAGGAGGUCUCCUCUCAAAAAUUGAGCUCAGCGAGGAUGUUGAGGACUACCUCGUGGACAAGAAUAUUCAGUCGGAGCGUGCCCAGGUAACUGCAGCGCUAUCGUCGUUCGAUGUUGGCACUACGGCCCAGGCUGUCAGCGGCGGCGUCUGAGAGGCCGGCAAUACAGCUCACUCCUUGUGGAAUAUCUUUUGCAUACGCCAUUCACGCCCAUGGGACACGGGGUUUCAGAACCGUAACUGGUCCACUGUUGUCGACACAAUAAAUGCCAGGCCGAGGCAGCAGGGCCAUACAUGCAAACUUGCGCUCAGUAUUCAAGAUCUCACUUCGAGCUUCCUUGGCCUCUUCGAUCCUGGCCUAGAAGUAGAUCGGGAUCGAUCUGCCUGGCUUGACCUGACCUCAAGCUUCCUGGGCUGUUUGCGAGGUAUUGGCUGGGUCUGAGGAACAGCAGAGGAGCUAGGUGGCGCGCGUUUGUUUGUGCUCCGCGUCUGCACAUUUAGCCGCUGUCCUGCCUGCUUCGAAGGUGGCGUCGAUGCCUGACCUUGAGACCUGGUCAGAGCAUCUACAGUCCGGCUAUCAAC